AUGACGAUUAAAAAUAAAAAGACUAAACAAUCCAAGUCUUCGGAAGUGACAUCAUCGAAUAGUAGUGCAUCAAGUAGUGUUCAAAAGAGCAGCACUACAACAUCCGUGCAGCAGAGUAGUAACACUUUACAGAAGGUCAGCUCAUCUGGUAAAAAGGUUCGCUACAUUGAGGUAAAGGUUGAGGAAGACGACCCCCUUAUGAUAACCGAUGUCACUGAUAAUGCUUCCGUAAGUGGCUCAACUAUAUCCGAGCACUACAAUAGCCAUCCGCACUACAUUAUUACUGAAGCUCCGUCUAUUACAGACUUGUCACAGAUAAGAUCACAAGAGCAUAACAUAAGUGACAUGUCGCAGGCUACAACUGGCGAAUUUGUUUCUAGUUCUGUACUACAACAAUCGUCUACUUCACAUCAACAAAGUUCUAAAAGCGAAGCUUUUCAAAGUUCGACUAGUUCCAUUCAUCGUUCCGGUUCUAGUCAAAGUCAGUCUUUUGAUAGAACCAUGGAUUCUUCAGCUAAUCAAACGCUCAAUACUGCAUUCAUUGACAGUUCUAAAGGCAAUAUUACCCAUGCUAAUACUGAUUUUUUAGCAAGAUCUCAAGGUGCUAAUGCUACAAAUUCCCUUCUUCAAUCGGAACGUCAAGAUAUAAGUAGUACACAAAGAUCUAGUGCAUCAAGUUCUGAAGUGGUAAAUAAAACAAACAAAUUCAUAGAUGGCAAGAAUAUUAAUCGUCGCGAGAAAGUAAUGUAUGAAAAUUUGCCUGAACAUUCAAAGCGAGUCCAAAAUAUUAAGUCGGAUUCCUCAAAUUUUUAUGGAGGCGAACAAAGCCUCGACAAAAAUACAAAUAUUAAGGAAUUCAGCAGCACAUCCCAGUCUAGCGAAAGCAAAAGUAGUAACGUCACAAAAUCAUCAUCUUCCUCAUAUGUAGUGGAAAUUGUAGAUGGCAAAGAACGUAUUAUUGAUAGUUCAAAACGAGAAUGGGGAGAUGCUCAAGAGCAAGCAUCGAGGGAAGCUUAUGAUAGCAUUAGCGGAACUGAUAUAAAACCUCAAUCAUCUCACAGUAUCCAAAAUUAUGACAUGAAAUCUAAAUAUGAUACAGGAAAGGACGGCAAGAAACCUUUUAGUGAAAUGUCAGUUAAAGAAGACUCUAAAUUUAUCAAGGAUGGAAGUCAAAUAACCACUCAUCAGAGUAUUACCUCGGAACGAGAUAAUCAAAAACAUCAACAAUAUACUUCUACUCAAGGUCAACUUACUUCUGAAGAUCAUAAUAAAUUUUCUACUGGCACUUCUAAAGAUUAUAGCUCUGUACAAAAAACAGAUACACAAAAGAAUGUAAAGUCUAGCAACGAAAUUGUGAAUGAAAGGCGACGCAAUGCAAAUACAACUGAUUCAUCAAACUUUUAUGGAUAUGACGCUACUAUAGAAAGUGAAUUAAAGAAAGUUGGAGGUAUUUUACAAGUUCCAAAUACGGAAAAUAUUGACUAUUCAACUAAAAUUAUGAAAAGUAAUACUAGCAGUGCUCAACAAGCAUCUACAUCUUCCUACGUAUUUGAGGUUGUAGACGGAAAACAAAAAAUUAUAGACAGUUCUCAUAGAGAAUGGGGUGAUAGUAAAGACCAUUCUACAUAUGAAAAGAGUCAUAAUAUCAGUGGUACAGGUAUUAAGCCACAAAAUGAAUAUAGUCGGCACGUUCUAGAUAAAGAAUCUCAUUACGACACAGGCAAAAAUGGCAAACCAACUAGUUCUACGUAUUUAACAGAAGAAUCUGUCUUGCUUAAAGACGGUAAAGAAAUAGCAUCAACAAAAAAUGUUUAUGAAGGUGAUUUUACUAAAAAACAAGCAAUAUCGGAACAUACUCAAAGCGAUGACGUGCUUAAUAAACGUAUUCGAGAUACAACUGAUAUUAAUCGUACAAGUUAUGAAUCUACAUUAUCUGAUAUACAGUCUCAAACAAAGGACAUUACUGAUGUAAGGAAUACUAGUGAUGUCUCAGUAAAACAAAAUAAAAAUAUUGAGAAAUAUAAUGUUUCUAAAGAAUCAAAGUCGUCUUCAACAUCUGAAACAAAAGAUACUUUGACUACAUAUGAAAGAAGUACAGGAACAUGGAAUGGAAAGUUUAUUUAUGAAAAAGAUGACGAUAGGCCCAGAAAACCAAAAGAAAUGUCACCUUUUGGAAAACCCGAGCAGCCAAGACACCAUUUAAAACGUCAGGAUACUGAGGAAAACAUAAUUUUAUCAUCUAGGGAUAUUAAAGAUUUUACAUCUAUAAGUGACUUGAGAAAAAUAAUUGAGACAUCACAAUUUAAAAAGGAUGUUACUGUAAGUAACAAAAAUAUUGUAAUUAAUAGAAAUAUCGAUGAUCGGGUACUAAAAGAAAUUAUUGAAACUGUAAAAAAAUAUCCAUUCAAAAGAAUAGAGAAAGUAACAUUUGGUACAAAGAUUAAUGAAGAUGUGAAAGAUUUAUAUGAAGGUGUUGAUACUGAAGAAGUUACUGUAUUAACUACUAGCAGCGGAGACGUCAGCAAAAAGUCAUUUGAAGUUGAAAAAAACAGGAGUCAAAUAGAGGUCACUCGAUACAUUACGGAAAAUGGUGUUACAAGAAAAAUAACAACUUAUGAAGAUGCAAAAGAAGAUGACAAAAUUAAAACAAACGUUUUCGUCGACAAGAGUGCGUUAGACUUCAAAAAUCUGCGAGAUGUCCAUACGACGAAAGACGAGAUUAGCGAAUACGACGUGGUAGAUCGUGCCAUCACAGAUACCACAACAAAGGACACCACUGUCAGCACCGUCUACGAUGAGACCAUCAUCGACGACAGGAAAACCGUGCGAGAUGACAGAACCACGAUCGAGGAGACCGUCUUUAUAGAUGAGACAAGACCAAAACAUGGUGGCCCUAAGAAACCAGAGAAGACAGUUAUUAAAGAGCAGUGCAUUUGUGAAAUCUGUACCUGUGGGCGUCACCGCUGCCCACACAACGAUGUCCCGGAGCCAUUGUUCGAUGUGGCGCACACGACGAGCGUGGUUUCCGCAUACAAACAUGAUUACGAUGAAAAACAUGUCAGUCGUACAACUGCUGUACACCAUGAAGAUAAUCUACAUCUUGAAGGAGAUUUUCAAGAACCAGAGCGUCCACGCUGGGAACCGGCCGAGCGACCUAAACCGAAAAAACCAGAAGAUAACCUAAAACCUGAAGGUGAUUUUGAGAAACGUCGACCAGAGGAAUGGUUACCUGGUGACAGAGCUCCUGUACGACGUCCAGAAGAUAAUCUCAAGCCCGAAGGAGACUUUGAGAAACGUAUACCUGAAGAAUGGCGUCCUGGAGAUAGAGCACCAGUCCGUCGUCCUGAAGAUAAUCUUAAACCUGAAGGUGAUUUUGAAAAACGAAGACCUGAGGAAUGGCGUCCUGGUGAUAGAGAACCUGUACGUCGGCCUAAUGAUAACUUGAAACCGGAAGGUGAGUUUACUACUCCCGAUAAAGAAGUCUGGCGGCCAGCUGAAAGACAAAAACCGAAAAAACCUGUAGAUAAUCUGAAACCAGAAGGCGAUUUUGAGAAACGCCAACCCGAAGAGUGGCUACCUGGUGAUAGAGCCCCUGUACGACGUCCAGAAGACAAUCUCAAACCUGAAGGAGAUUUUGAAAAACGUAGACCCGAAGAAUGGCGUCCUGGAGAUAGAGCACCAGUUCGUCGUCCUGAAGAUAAUCUCAAACCUGAAGGAGAUUUUGAGAAACGAAGACCUGAGGAAUGGCGUCCCGGAGAUAGAGAACCUGUACGUCGCCCUAAUGAUAACUUGAGACCAGAAGGUGAUUUUACUACUCCGGAUAAAGAAGUUUGGCGUCCUGCUGAAAGACCGAAGCCUAUAAAACCCGAUGACAAUCUGAGACCAGAGGGUGACUUUGAGAAACGUCUACCCGACGAAUGGCAACCCGGUGAUAGAGCCCCUGUACGUCGUCCGAAAGAUAAUCUUAAACCCGAAGGGGACUUUGAAAAACGUAAACCAGAUGAGUGGCGUCCGGGUGACAGAGCUCCAGUUCGUCGUCCUGAAGAUAAUCUUAAACCUGAAGGAGAUUUUGAAAAACGAAGACCCGAAGAAUGGCGUCCUGGUGAUAGAGAGCCUGUACGUCGGCCUAAUGAUAACUUAAAACCAGAAGGUGAGUUUACUACUCCAGAGAAGGAAGCCUGGCGCCCAGCCGAGAGACAGAAGCCGAAAAAACCAGAGGAUAAUCUCAAACCCGAAGGUGAUUUUGAGAAACGUCAACCCGACGAAUGGUUACCUGGUGAUAGAGCUCCUGUGCGACGCCCAGAAGAUAAUCUCAAGCCUGAAGGAGACUUUGAAAAACGUAGACCCGAAGAAUGGCGUCCUGGAGAUAGAGCACCAGUCCGUCGUCCUGAAGAUAAUCUUAAACCAGAAGGAGAUUUUGAGAAACGAAGACCUGAAGAAUGGCGUCCCGGAGAUAGAGAACCUGUACGUCGCCCUAAUGAUAACUUAAAACCAGAAGGUGAGUUUACUACUCCGGAUAAAGAAGUUUGGCGUCCUGCUGAAAGACCGAAGCCUAUAAAACCCGAUGACAAUCUGAGACCAGAGGGUGACUUUGAGAAACGUCUACCCGACGAAUGGCAACCCGGUGAUAGAGCCCCUGUACGUCGUCCAAAAGAUAAUCUUAAACCUGAAGGGGACUUUGAAAAACGUAAACCAGAUGAGUGGCGUCCGGGUGACAGAGCUCCAGUUCGUCGUCCUGAGGAUAAUCUUAAACCUGAAGGAGAUUUUGAAAAACGAAGACCCGAAGAAUGGCGUCCUGGUGAUAGAGAGCCUGUACGUCGGCCUAAUGAUAACUUAAAACCAGAAGGUGAGUUUACUACUCCAGAGAAGGAAGCCUGGCGCCCAGCUGAGAGACAGAAGCCAAAAAAACCAGAGGAUAAUCUCAAACCAGAAGGUGAUUUUGAAAAACGUCAGCCCGAAGAAUGGCUACCUGGUGAUAGAGCUCCUGUACGACGUCCAGAAGAUAAUCUCAAGCCUGAAGGAGACUUUGAGAAACGUAGACCUGAAGAAUGGCGUCCUGGAGAUAGAGCACCAGUACGUCGUCCUGAAGAUAAUCUUAAACCUGAAGGAAAUUUCACUACACCAGAAAAGGAGGUUUGGCGACCUGCAGAACGUCCAGUUCAAAAGAAACCACAAGAUAAUCUUAGACCAGAGGGUGAUUUUGUAAGCAGAAAGCCGGAGAAAUGGCAACCUGGAGAACGUGAGCCAGUUAAGCGUCCGGAAGAUAACUUGAAGCCAGAAGGCGAAUUUACUACACCAAGAAAAGAAGAGUGGAAACCCGCUGAAAGGCCUCUCCAGAAAAAACCAAUAGAUAAUUUGAAACCCGAAGGUGAUUUUGUUAAAAGGAAACCAAAUGAAUUUGUUCCUGCUGAUAAAGCUGUAGUUAAAAAACCUGAGGAUAAUUUACGACCCGAAGGAGAAUUUACAACAACAAGGACUAUAACUGAAGACUACAAGAUUGUCACAGGAGAAAGAGCACAAAUCGUCCGGCGCACAGAUAAUAUAAUAACAGAAGGCGAAUUUAUAGAUACAACAACUACACGUUCUGAAUACACUGGAAAACCAGUAGACAGACCUACACCAGUGAGACGAAAUACUUGGACGAAAAUAGAAGGAGAUAUGAUAACAGAUACAACAUCUAAGUCUGAGUUUAUAGAUUAUACGGAUACUGUGGAAAGAUCUACUUUAGUUACGAAAAGAAGUGAUAAUAUAAUACGGGAAGGUGAAAUUGAGUUUAUAACAUCAAAUCAAAAAGAUUAUACACAAAAAGCUACACCUAUUGAACGUCCACAAAGACGUCGCACGUGGACUAAAGAAGAUUUUGAGAAGUUCUAUUCGACAGACGAUUUACAAAAAGUAACAACUACACAAGAAGAAUAUAGAACUUAUGAAGAAAUUGAUGUAAGGCAACAACAAAUAAUACGAAAAGAUAACUUACACCUGGAAGGUACUUUCGAAACUCAUACAGUAUCCCAAGAUACUUUCCAGCCAAAACUCACAGAUAGACCUAAACCUAAAAAACCGGUAGACAAUUUAAAACCAGAAGGAGAAUUUGAAAAACCGAAACAAGAGGAAUGGCGGCCAGCAGAGCGACAAUCACCUAAAAAGCCUCAGGAUAAUUUAAAACCCGAAGGAGAAUUUGAGAAACCAACCUCAGAAGAAUGGCGUCCUGCUGAUCGACCUGCGCAAAAGAAACCAAAAGAUAAUCUGAAACCAGAAGGCGAGUUUGAACAACCUAAACACGAAGAAUGGCGACCUGCUGAAAGGCAGAUGCCUAAGAAACCACAAGAUAAUCUGAAACCUGAGGGGGAAUUCGAGUCUCCCAGAUCAGAGAAAUGGCGGCCUGCUGAACGCGUAAUUCAAAUAAAACCAAAAGAUAAUCUUAAACCUGAAGGCGAUUUCGAACAGCCUAAAUACGACGAAUGGCAACCAGCUGAAAGACAAACACCUAAGAAACCACAAGAUAAUUUGAAACCGGAGGGUGAAUUUGAGUCUCCAAGACCAGAGGAAUGGCGACCUGCUGAACGUGUGAGUCAAAUAAAACCAAAAGAUAAUCUUAAACCUGAAGGCGAUUUCGAACAGCCUAAAUAUGAUGAAUGGAAACCUGCUGAAAGACAGACACCUAAGAAACCCCAAGAUAAUCUGAAACCGGAAGGUGAAUUUGAGACGCCAAGACUUGAAAAAUGGCGGCCUGCGGAGCGACCUACACAAAAGAAACCUAAAGACAAUCUUAAACCAGAAGGAGACUUUGAGCAACCGAUACACGAAGAAUGGAGGCCUGCUGAGCGACCUACGCAAAAGAAACCUAAAGAUAAUCUUAAACCAGAAGGAGACUUUGAACAACCAAAACAUGAUAAAUGGCAGCCUGCUGAAAGGCAAGAGCCAAAGAAACCAAAGGAUAAUUUGCGACCAGAAGGAGAAUUUGAAACACCUGAACUAGAGCAAUGGCGUCCUGCAGAACGUGUUAUUCAGAUAAAACCAAAAGAUAAUCUUAAACCUGAGGGUGACUUCGAACAGCCUAAACAUGAUGAAUGGCGACCUGCUGAAAGGCAAACACCAAAAAGACCUCAAGACAAUCUAAAACCAGAGGGCGAAUUUGAAACACCUAGACAGGAGGAAUGGCGUCCUGCUGAACGCCCUGUACAAAAGAAACCUAAAGACAAUCUCAAACCGGAAGGUGACUUCGAACAACCGAUACACGAAGAAUGGAGGCCUGCCGAGCGACCUACGCAAAAGAAACCUAAAGAUAACCUUAAACCUGAAGGAGACUUUGAACAACCAAAACAUGAUAAAUGGCAGCCUGCUGAAAGGCAAGAACCAAAGAAACCAAAAGACAAUUUGCGACCAGAAGGAGAAUUUGAAACACCUGAACAUGAACAGUGGCGUCCUGCAGAACGUGUUAUUCAGAUAAAACCAAAAGAUAAUCUUAAACCUGAGGGUGACUUCGAACAGCCAAAACAUGAUAAAUGGCAGCCUGCUGAAAGGCAAACACCUAAGAAACCACAAGAUAAUCUGAAACCAGAGGGUGAAUUUGAGUCUCCUAGAACACAGGAAUGGCGGCCUGCUGAACGUGUGAUUCAAAUAAAACCAAAAGAUAAUUUAAAACCAGAAGGUGAUUUUGAACAACCUAAACAGGAUGAAUGGAGACCUGCUGAAAGACAAACACCUAAGAAACCACAAGAUAAUUUAAAACCAGAGGGCAAGUUUGAUAUGCCUAGAUCUGAAGAAUGGCGCCCUGCGGAACGUCCUACACAAAAGAAACCGAAAGAUAAUCUCAAACCAGAAGGCGAGUUUGAGCAACCGAUACACGAGGAAUGGCGGCCUGCUGAACGCCCUCUACAAAAGAAACCUAAAGACAAUCUCAAACCAGAAGGAGACUUCGAACAACCUAAAUACGAAGAAUGGCGUCCUGCUGAGCGUCCAAUCCAGAAAAAACCUAAAGAUAACCUUAAACCAGAAGGCGAAUUUGAGCAGCCAAAACAUGAUAAAUGGCAGCCUGCAGAAAAACAAGUGCCUAAGAAACCAAAAGACAAUUUGCGUCCAGAAGGGGAAUUUGAAACCCCUGAACAAGAAGUAUGGCGUCCUGCGGAACGUGUGGUGCAAAAGAAACCACAAGACAAUCUUAAACCAGAAGGUGAUUUCGAACAGCCCAAACAUGAUGAAUGGCGACCUGCUGAAAGACAAAUACCUAAGAAACCGCAAGAUAAUCUGAGACCAGAAGGUGAUUUUGAAACACCUAAGCAAGAAGAAUGGCGUCCUGCUGAACGUGUUACACAGAAGAAACCACAAGAUAAUCUUAAACCAGAAGGUGAUUUCGAGCAGCCCAAACGUGAUCAAUGGCGUCCUGCUGAAAGGCAAAUACCUAAGAAACCGCAAGAUAAUCUGAAACCCGAAGGUGAAUUCGAGUCUCCUAGAUUAGAGGAAUGGCGGCCUGCUGAACGUCCUGUACAAAAGAAACCAGAAGACAAUCUUAAACCAGAAGGUGAUUUUGAGCAACCUAAAUACGAUGAAUGGAGGCCUGCUGAAAGACAGACACCUAAAAAACCACAAGAUAAUCUAAAACCAGAGGGUGAUUUUGAAAUUCAUAGACCGCAAGAGUGGCGUCCAGCCGAACGUCCUAUCCAAAAGAAACCAAAAGACAAUCUUAAACCCGAAGGUGACUUUGAACAACCAAAGUUAGAUAAAUGGCAACCCGCUGAACGGCAGACUCCCAAAAAACCUGUGGAUAAUUUAAAGCCAGAAGGAGAAUUUGAAACACCUAAACAAGAUAAGUGGCGUCCGGCUGAAAGAUCUGAAAUUAAAAUACCUAAAGACAAUUUAAAACCUGAAGGGGAAUUUGAAAAACCAAGACCAGAGAAAUGGCAACCCGCUGAAAGACAGUCACCUAAGAAACCUCAAGACAAUUUAAGACCUGAGGGUGAGUUUGAGAAGCCUAAGCAAGAUCAAUGGCUUCCAGCAGAAAAACCUGAAGUGAUAAAACCUAAAGAUAAUCUUCAUCCCGAAGGAGAGUUUCAGAAACCAAAACAUGAUCAAUGGAAGCCAGCUGAACGGCAAACACCUAAAAAACCAAAAGAUAAUCUCCACCCUGAAGGUGAUUUUGAAACUCCUAAACACGAUGAAUGGCGACCAGCUGAGAAACCAAUUAUAAAGAAACCUAAAGAUAAUUUGAAACCCGAAGGAGAGUUUGAAAAACCUAAAAUAAAAGAUUGGCGUCCCGCUGAACGACCUGAAGCGAAAAAGCCCAAGGACAAUCUUAAGCCUGAAGGAGAAUUUGAAAAACCAAAGCAAGAUGAAUGGCGUCCAGCUGAGCGACAAACACCUAAAAAGCCAAAAGAUAACUUAAAACCUGAAGGCGAAUUCGAUAGACCAGAUAAACCAAAACAUGUUCCAAGUGAAAGACCAGUACAAAAGAAGCCAGAAGACAAUUUGAGACAAGAGGGUAAAAUGGAAGUGAUACGGCGCACAGAUUAUACUGCAACAAAGGGUGACCGCGUUGACGUAGUAAAACAUGAAGAUCACCUUAAAAUGGAAGGGAAGAUUGAUGUUCAUCGAUCUAGAGAUGAUUACAAGCGUAUUGAAACUGUAGAAAAAGUAGUAAUACAGAAACAUGAAGACAAUUUAAAAACAGAAGGUGAAUUUAUUGAUCUUGAAAUUCGUAAUGAUUACAGUGCAAUAAAAGGAGAUAGAGCUCCAGUUAUAAAACCUCAAGAUAAUUUGAAACCUGACGGGAAAUUUUACAAACCAGAAAUGGUUCCUUCUCAGCCCGCAGAAAAACGCAAGCCAUUCAAGCAAGUUGAUAAUAUUACUAUUGAAAGAAAUAGUGAUAUACGAAAGAAUCAAAAGAUUGAACGUGUCGAUAUUAUUAGAAGAGAAGAUAAUCUUAAAAUAGAAGGUGAAUUUAUAGAUAUGAAACAACGAAAUGAUUACAGCGUUGUAAAGGGUGAAAAAUCUGCCAUUGUAAAACACAAAGAUAAUUUAAAAAUGGAAGGUAAAAUGGAGAAUAUUAGAUCGUCUGAUACAUAUAGAGUCGUUAAAGGACAAAGAGUUAAAUUAACGAGAAGAGAAGAUAAUCUGAAAAUAGAAGGUGUAAUGGAAGACUAUACACGUAAAGAUGACUAUAAAAUAACUAAAGGCGAAAGAUCGGCUAUAGUUUAUCAUCCUGACAAUUUAAAAUUGGAAGGCGAGUUUGAAAGAAGGCCAAGACCAGAAACCUCGUAUGAUCAAUCGAAGAAUCAACCAGAUAGAGAGCAACCAUUAACGCCAAAAGGAGUUUCUGUAGAGCGACCCCAAGGAAGAAAACCGCAAGAUAAUCUCUAUCCAGAUGGAGAAUUUGAACAACGACCAAACACAAAAUGGCAACGCGGAGAAACACCAGAUCAAGUACGACCAAAAGAUAAUUUGAAGCCAGAGGGAGAUUUUGAAAAAAGACCUACAGCCCAAUGGCAACCUGGUGAAAUUCCUUCUCAGGUAAGACCUAAAGAUAAUCUAGGGCCAGAAGGAGAUUUUGAACGGCCAAGUAGGCCAAAAUGGCAACCCGGAGAAACGCCAUCGCAGGUACGGCCAAAAGAUAAUUUAAAAUCAGAAGGCGAUUUUGAUCGUCCUUCUAGACCGAAGUGGCAAACAGCAGAAAGGCCAAGUCCAACAAAACCAAAAGACAACUUAUAUCCAGAGGGAACUAUGGAUUCACGCAUUAUUUCUAAAUGGGCUCCUGGUGAAACUCCCGCUCAGGUUCGACCUAAGGAUAAUUUACGACCUGAAGGUGAUUUUGAUCAUCCAACUACACAAAAAUGGAGUCGUACAGAAAAUCAGUCCCCUAUAAAAUUAAUAGAUAGUCUUCAUACUAAUGGCAACAUUACAAAACAGGAAACUACUAGAUCUGAAUCAAGCGAAAUACGUAAAAAGACAGUUGGCGGAAAGUAUAUAAUUAACCGCGAUGAUAACAAUAAACUGUCUAGUGUAAAUACUACGAGAACUAAUUCCCAAAUUAAAGAUGAUGAAAUGCAUCAAUUGAAUUCUACAGAAAUGCAUUCCAAACAUGUUACUAGUCAUAGUACUGCUAAACAUACAACAUCAAAACAUAUCCAAUCUGGAACUCAAAUAAAAAGUACAGUUGAAUCCCGUAAUGAAGUAGUAAAUCAAUCUCAAGGCCGGCCACACUCAGAAAAUGUUGUUGCCAAAGCUCCCUUUUCCCAUUCUACGGAUCGCUUAACGUCGCGAUCUGUAACAGAUAGGAAUUCCAUACAAAAAUCUGAUUCGAAUGUUUCCAAAAAUAUCUCUACUACCAAAGUAAUAAAACAAAUAUCAGAAAAGAAACUCAUUGCAGGUAAAUGGGUAACAGUCACACGAAAUGUAGAGACAAAUAUAGUACCAGGGAAUGAUAUAAAAGGAUCUAAAGGAUAUAUAGAUGAUGGUACAAUCACACAACAACGCGGCGAGAAUAUCACAGACAGAAAUAUAUCAUCUGGACGUUCCAUUGAUAACCGCGACCAAACUCAUCAUCAACGCCAAAUUACUUCGGAAAGUCACAGUUAUCGUAAUAAUUCAAAUACUCACGUUUCUAAAGAAACGUAUUUACAAGAGAGUAGUUCUUCAUCUACAAAAACAUCUGAUGUAAACAAAAAAACUGAUGAUAACCAACCGAGGACGGUAGCAUCGACUCAGUCGUCGUCCUCAAAUUACGGCCAACGACAGGCAGGAUCGACUUCCAAUAUUAUACAAGAUAGCCAAUUACAACAAAAUACAGUAAGAUCAACUCAGCAAUCUUCUUCUGGUAAUCAUAUUAACAAUUCACAUCAGCAUGCAACUUCUAUUAAUGAAAUUGGACGAAAUGUGUCUACACAUAUUUCAAGAGGAAGUCACGUGGAACAGAAUACUUCAAGAUCUAUUAAUUCUCAAACAGUAAACAGAAGUCAAUUAAGUGACAGCGUAACUAAAACGAGCAUCGAAUUUCAGAAGGCCAUGCAUGGUGGUGACGACAGCAAUUCAUCAGUAAUGAACAAUUCAUCUCGCGUUGGUCAUCACAAACGCACCUCGGAUUUGGUAUCUGAUACUUCUUCAACGAACGCUGUUUUGCAUCGUAAAGGAAUUUCAUCUAGUACUGAAGCUCAACAUUCCAUUAGUUCGACAGCAGCUGCACAACGAAAAAGCAUUGGCAAUCUUAGUGAACGCGGAGAAUAUAUAAGUAAUUCUUCUCACAGUUCGGAUAGGAAGAGUAUUAGCUCCAUGCAUCGUUCUGGUAGGGAUAAUAUGGCUAUUAUAUCUCAACAUACUGAGAGCUUGGAUCGUCGAAGUCAAAGUAAAAGAGAUGGUCAGUCAACUUUAUCAGUAGAACGUCAACCUCGAAUAGUUGCUAGAGAUAAUCUUCGAGUUGGUGGCGAUUUCUAUGGACAAUCCGAAGCCCGCUCAUAUGGCAGUUUCUCUCGGUCAGAACAUGCAAAGAAAGUUGAACGUUCUGAACAUAUAGAUCGAGUUCAAAGAGUGGAGCGCGUUACACGCCACGGCAACACAUCACAUUUCAUGCUGGGAGAUGGUACCACUAGCUAUAAACGCGAGUACACAUCGCACGUACAUGGUGCCUGCCCGGCCACACUAAUAGAAGCGCCGAGUACACCAUUCAAGCAUACACGUGAUUCCCGUGAGCACAAGUUUUAUUCAACUAAAGUGACGCAAAAAUAAUAUUCUUCUUUAUAUUUACCAUUCCGUAUUUAAGUCAGCAUAAUAUGUUUAUUUUAUUUUAUUUCAAUGUUUAGAAUUAAAGGCGAGCUAACAUUGCUAGUCCUAAUCGUAACAAUAUUUUAUGAUUUUUUAACACAUCUACAUUUCUUUAUAUAAAUGCAUAAAUGUAAGUUAUUUAACAAGUUAUAUUAUAAUUUGUUUAAAAUUUUGUCAAACUUUGCCAUGUAAUAAAUUUUUAUACCACAUUA